GAAUAUAAAAUUCCAAGGUUAACAUUAACUCGGUGUAUUUUCUUAUAACUGUACAUCGAAAGGGUAGAGAAACUGGAAAAUUUUAUCAUCAUUCGAGUGGAAAGAGAAGAUAAAAAUGUUCAACUAACCUGUUUAGAUGAAUACCCUUGAAUCAAUCAUUGAUUUUAUCAUCUUCUUCAUUAUCAUCAUCAUUAUCUUCAGCGUUUACUACUAAUUAAUCCAAAUGGUGGCAGUUUAGUUGAUUGUUAAUAGUUCAGGUUUGCGUUACUCAAGACGAAUCUUUCACUCUUUGAAUAUCUUUGUUGAUCCAUCAGUUACUAUAAAUAUUAUCAUCUCCUAAUUGUGAACAAUUAAUCCAGUGAUUGAAGCCAAUAAACCAAUUUGACUGAGUGAAAAUGAAAGAUCAGGUAGUAACUUCAACAUGUGAAACAAUUAAUCCAAAGUCUUCAUCUGAAAGUUUAAAACAACCAAGUGACGAGGAAUUGAAUGGAUUAACUGAAUUACGAUCUCUUGUUGAUUCUUCGGUAAAAUUGAAACGAUACAAUUUAUCUGAUUCGAUAUUGUUGAAAUUUCUUCGUUCUCGUAAUUCAGUUAAAGAAGCUUGUGGCCUUUUAAAAUCGUACUUUGGUCAUAUCACCAGUAAAUUAGAUCUAUUUUCAUGGGAUGAUCAAGUAGCCGAUGUGAUCCAGUCGCUCAUUUAUUAUCCAUAUCAAAAUCGUGGACCCAAUGGUGAGGUAAUAAUUGGAAUGGAGAUUGGUAAAUGGGAUUAUGGUAAAAUUAAGUUCGAGACAAUCAUUCAGGCAAGUUUGUUCAUUCAGGAAUUUCUUUUACACGAGGAAGAAUCUUGUCAACGAUCGGGAUUCAUUUUCUUAGUUGACAUGAGAAAUGUUUCUCUUCGUCACAUCUACCAAAUGGGUGUGACCAACGCCAUGUUACUGGCCACUUUAACCGAUCACUGUAUGCCCAUUAAGCCGAUCAAUAUUCACAUUUGUUUCGAGAAUCGUUUCACCAGUUUGGCCUAUUCCAUGUUCCGACCUUUUUUGUCCGAGGAGCUUAAACGACGAGUUGUUUUCCAUGGAAAUGACAUGACAACUCUUUUCAAGUAUCUACCAGCUGAUUACGUUCCUCCGAAUUGGGAUGGAGCCAAUGAAGAGCCAAAAUUAACUGAAAUAGUUGAUAAAAUAAAAAACGAAUCAAAUCAAAUUGUUAAAACUUGGGACACUUAUAGGAGCCAAAAUUGAUCACAUUGGAUAAGAAAACAAUAGAUGAUAAUUUUAUCUCUGAUUAUCAUCAGAAAUUAAAUUUACCUUUUUGUUCAUUGUUCCAACAUCAAAGUAACGAAAAGUUUAAUGGUAAAAACAAAUGUAACUCUUACAAUAUCUUCAAAUCAUUUUCCACUUACUUAUCGUUAAUCAAAAAUUCUACUAUUGAAUCUCCAACAAUUUAUACUCCAGCCAAUUUAUUGCUCAAAAUAAACUAAGAUUGUCACAAAAAGAUUAAAAUUGAAUCAACUCAUCACAAUUUAUUUCCUUAGUCCAAAUAAGAAAACAAUAAAAGACAACAAAUCACUAAUUUAAAUUCGAAAUAAAUACAUUUUAAAUUAAAUAAGAACUAAAUUUAAUUUUAAUUUAAUGAAGAAAAAAGUGAAAAGAAUUGUUUUGAAAGUUUGAUUUUCGCCAUUUCUUUUUUUUCCACCAGAUGACGUUACUUUUUGUUCUUUUCUGCGCUGAGGGCAUCUGGUGGUUUGUGCGAAAACAAAUUUAAGAAGAAAAUAAUUUCAUCUCAGGACCGUAUUCAACAACCGUAAUUAAAUUUGAGUCUAGGUUUAAAUCAGCUGAUCACAGCUUUUGUGUUUGACCAACUAUAAUCAAGUCUUGAUCUCGUAUCAGAUUUAAGUUUAGGUCAAUUUAAUUAGAGGAUUAAAAAAUCUUGUUUCACCAACCGAAAUCAUCUUCAAUUGAUCUCGGAAGUCUUGGUCAAAAUUUAAUCUUGGUAAUUACCACGAUUAACUUUUGAUUAUGACUUUGUUUUCUCAUUUUCCAUUCGAACUCAUUUUUUUUGAAUUUUUUUACAUAAAAGUAGUUUAAAAAAUGGGAGCUCUGGCACAUAAAGAGAAAAUAAAAAGAAAGAAAAGAACGAGAAAAGGAAAGAGAACCAGAA